UUUAAUGUAUUUCAAAUAGAACCCACAGAAUAAAUAAAACCAGGGCUUUUUUUUGUCAUAGAAUGCACCAGAAUAGAGUUUUGGCACCUUUUUUCAAUGGAUUUUCCAGAGUUGUGUUCUUUUCCUAUUGUUGCCCUUCCUAUCCAUAUUUGCUUUUGAAAAUGCCCUCCUGGCAGUACAGUGCAAGCGGGGUCUCAUCCAGCACUGUCUGCCUCCUCUAGGAGAAGUCAUGAGGCACCGGAGCAUCACAGCCAGAGCAUGGCUUGAUUGGCUGGGUUGGACCAUGUGGCAUGGAAACCGAUUGUGGUGGUGGGAGACACAUAAAUAUGGAAGCCAUCUUUCAUAAGAGGAUUGGUGUAUAAGGCAUGGAAGUGAACAACCAAACCAGGGUCCAGAUGUUUAUCCUUCUGGGUUUUCCCAGUGUUCUAGAACUUCAGAGACUACUAUUUGUAGUAUUUCUUUGUAUCUACAUCCUCACUCUUGUGGAGAACACUAUGAUCAUCAUCCUCAUCAGGACAAAUAGUCACCUCCAAAAACCCAUGUAUCUCGUCCUCAGUCACUUGUCUUUCCUUGAGACUUGGUAUAUUUCUGUGACUGUUCCAAAGCUCCUGAUUAACUUCUUAGCAACAGAUAAAAGCAUUUCCUAUGCAGGCUGCAUGGCUCAGCUGUAUUUUUUCAUAUCCCUAGCCUGCACUGAAUGUGUCCUGCUGGCUGUUAUGGCUUAUGAUCGUUAUGUUGCCAUCUGCCACCCACUACGCUAUCCUGUUAUAAUGACAUCUCAGCUUUGCUUGCAGCUAGCAGUGAGUUCUUGGUUCACUGGUUUCCUAAUUUCUAUGCUCAAAGUUUUUUUCAUUUCACAUUUGAGUUUUUGUGGGCCCAAUGUCAUCAACCACUUCUUCUGUGACAUCUCCCCUUUGCUCAAUCUCUCCUGCACUGACCGAACUGUGGUUGAAAUUGUUGACUUUGUAUUUGCUCUUCUUAUCCUUUUAAUUCCACUCUCUGUCACAAUGGGCUCCUAUGCAUUUAUCAUAGGCACCAUUUUAAAUAUCCCUACAAGCCAAGGAAAAAGAAAAGCUUUUUCUACUUGUACCUCCCACCUCACAGUGGUUACUAUCUUCUACUCAGCUUCACUCUUCAUCUAUGCAAGACCAAGGAGAAUCCAUUCUUUCAACAUCAAUAAGCUUGUGUCAGUUGUGUACACUAUUGUUACUCCCAUGCUGAAUCCAUGCAUUUAUUGUUUAAGGAAUCAGGAUGUCAAGGAAGCACUGAAAAAAAUAUUUUGCAACUUCAGUCUUGAGAACAUGAUUAGUGACUAAUGGAUUUAUUUCAGCAAGCAAAAAUAAUAACUUUUCAUUUUUUUUCAUAUGUGUAUUUCACAACAUACUUAGUAGACAAAAACAUUGAAAAUUCAUAUAAGAAAAAUUGGAUUUCACUGACAAAUGUCUUUUGUGGGACUGCAUAUCAAUAACAGUCAGUGUUAAAUCAUAUAAAAAUAAAGAAAUAAGAACAUGUAGAAAGAGAUGAGAAAUUUAGAAAUGCUGGGAACAAGUCACCAUAAUUAUACCGAUUGCAUUUAAGUAAACAUAACAAGUGAUCUAAAUUUAAUAAUACACAAUUAUUUUCAUUUUAAACAAUAAUUCCAAUUUCAAAAUUAAGACAGAUGUCGGGUUAUAUGAUGUUAACAAAUUCUAGUUUUAGUGAUGUAUUUCUAUAUAUUUAGUGAAAUAGGAUGGGAAUAGGGAUGAAACAAGGUAAGAAACUUUAGUUCUUUGUGCCUAAAGAUCUUUCUCUUCCUAUUUUAGUAAAUGAAAAAAGAAAAGAAUUGUUUUCACUGCAGUCUUAUACACUUAGACAGAAUUCUAAGAAUCCAUUCAUAUCGCACAUUUGUUCAUAUUAGUAAUUGUCUAGACUAUAAACUAUAUACACACAUACAACUGGGUUGGGUUUUCACAUGUUAUUCAUGCUGUCCAAUAUUUUCCAUAUUUUAUAUCUUUUCAUAUCUUUUUCUUUUAAAAAAUAAUACAGACAAAAAGUUGCUGUCAGAAGCCAUCUCUUUCCAAUCCUCAUCUAAUAUGGAAGUGAAAACAUGCUUUGGUGUUAUUGCUUCCUCAAGAACAUUUUUCUAUUAUCAUGGCUUACUUUGGAUGCUUCUGAGAUGAUCUGAUCUAGAUUUGGAUAUGUAGGACAUCAUUGUUUGAAUCCUUCCUCCCUACCCCUAUUUGAUCCUGUCUAUUCUGAGUUUCUACCUCAUAUCUAUUGUAUGGUUUCUACAAUAGUAGAAUAACAAAGUAGUCUAUUAUUUUAAAAGGAUUUCAAGUGUGUGUGCCUGACUUCUUAAUCAAUUGUGAAGCUUUAUUCCAAAUGAUUUGUGUUCUUUUAUGGCUCUGACUUGUUGGCUUUCUGUAAAACCAGGGUCUUUCAACAGGGGCUUAAGCUGGACUGACAGGGUUAGUAGGGUUACUAGAAUGAUUAUAGUUCAACUUCAGAAUUCUAUGGCUGAUGGCUUCAACAUUACUGAGAGAUUAAGGAGGGCCAGAAUAAAUAUAUCAAUCCUCUUCCAUCUCCUUCUAGACUAGAGAUCAUCAUCAAAUAUAAUCAAUGUUAUCUUUGUACUAUUUCUAAGUUAGAAACCCUGCUCAAAAGUCACAAUAAUUUACUUCUUUCAGAGCCCAUUGAAACUGCAAUCCAAAUAUCUUCACAAUAAUGAGAUAGGAUAAAAAUUGUCCACUACAUUUUUCUUCAGAAAAGAUAUAGUAUUGCCUUGUUAAAGCAAAUCUUGGACUAGAUGUCUUUAGAGUGACUUUAAAAAGUCAAAAUACUGUAAUGCAAUGCACAUUAACAGGGCUUUUUUUCUCAUAGAAUGCCCAGAACGGAGUUCUGGCACCUUUUUGGGAUGGAACCUUAUAGGGUGGGCAAGGCAGGUUGUAUGAUGUGUGUGAGUUCCAGCAUCUUUUUUUUUUUUUUUUUUAGAAAAAAAGCACUGCACAUGAAAAAGGGGUGGAGAUUUUUCAUUACACGAUCAUAGCUAUCAUCAUGACAUUUUUAAAAUAACCAUUUAAAUUCAUCCAUGUCUAAAAAUCAUAGACAAGCAACAUGAUGCUACAUAUUUUACAUUCAGUGUUCAUUAGUCCCAUGAAACUUUACCUUAGACCAGUCAUUGUCUCAGCCCAACUCUCUUCACAGGAUUUUUGUUAUGAAGAACAUGAAAGAACAAUGUUGGAUAUGUUUUCCAUAUUAAUUUAUUUGUAAUAAGAAUAAUAAAUUUGAUAGAUAAAUAAA